AUGGCCAACACAUCAGCCACUUGGCAAUCUAGAGCUAAUGUGCCCCAAUGGGAUCCAUCUAUGGUAAACUUGACUAAGCAAAUGGAAGAUCAAGGAGAACAAAUUACAAAAUUGACGACAACAUUGAAGUUGUUAGCGAAGAACCAAAUGCCAAUGCAAGUUAAUGCUAUGGAAAAUGUUCAAGGUUCGGGUUUUAACCAAACAUCAAUGGGUAACCAAUUCCUGGGUCAAGAAGGCACUUAUUUUGCCCAAGGAUCACAUCAAGAAGGCGACUUCCAAGAACAGUGUUAUCAAAUGCAAAAUGAGGGAGCUCAAUAUGUGGAUGAUGAAGAAGAGGAGAUUACGCCUCCUAGAGUUGUUGACCCUCCUAAAGUCGAUGUAUCGGUAGUAGAGUCAAAUGUAGUUGAAGAGAUGCAACAAACACCUAGUUCUCUUCAAGAUGUGAUAUAUAUACCUCCCAAAGGAAAUGAAGUAAUCAAAGAAGAAACUAAGGAGGCUUCUAAGUCAUACAAGAAGCUACCUAGACCAUCUCCUCCUUAUCUACAGAGGUUUGCCAAACAACAUAAAGAGGGCCAGUUACAGAAAUUCUAUGACAUGUUGAACCAGAUCAUUGUUACCGUUCCUUUUGUGGAGGCACUUGAGAAAAUGCCAGGGUAUGCUAAGUUCAUGAAAGACUUGGUCACCAAGAAGAAAAAUAGUCAAAGUGACACAUCAGUACAGUGCAAUCAUUUCACAAAUCAGAAUGAAAACGAUGUAGGAUGCGAGUUCACUAUCCCUUGCAGUAUUGGUGUGACAAGUUGCGCCAAAGCACAUAAUGGUAGAUUGGGUGUGUUUAAUCUAAUGCCAUACGCUGUGCUUAAGAGAUUCGGUUUGGGUGAUCCAAGGCCUACCUCUAUGAAGCUUCUUAUGGCGGAUCAAACUUUGAAAUAUCUGUUUGGGGUCAUUGAUGUCAUUCUUGUCAAGGUGGGUCAUUUAUACUUUCCAGACGACUUUGUGAUAAUGGACUGCGAAGUGGAUAGAGAGGUCCCCAUCAUACUCGGUAGACCAGUUUUGGCUACGGGACAGGCCAUUUGA